AUGGACAGUGCAAAGGAUAUUGACACACAUAUGGCGACAAAUGGAAACUUGGAUAGAGAUGAAAAGGGUAAGGAUGUUGAUGUCAAGAAAUAUAGAGGUGUGAUUGGAUCUCUUUUAUAUCUUACGACAUUUAUGCCCGAUAUUAUGUUUAGAGUUUGCAUGUGUGCACGAUAUCAAUCGGCUUCUAAGGAAUCACAUUUAAAAGCAGUUAAGCGUAUUCUUAGAUACCUUAUUGGUACUUCUAAGUUUGGGCUUUGGUAUUCCAAAGGAAACGAUUGUAUCUUGGUUGGUUACUCCGAUUCUGACUUUACUGGUUGCAAAUCGGAUAGGAAAAUUACUAGUGGAACUCGUCACUUGUUUUCAAAAUCCUUGGUUAGUUGGCAUAGUAAAAAGCAAGUUUUCGUAGCUUUGCCAACGACCGAGGCGGAAUACAUAGCAGCCGAUAGUUGUUGUGCACAAAUUUUGUAG